UCGUGGCGCUGCGGGCGGGGGUCAGCCGCCUCCCUCGCCCCGCCCGCGGAGCCCAUGGGCGCGGGGUGCUCGCCGCCAAUGCUGCUGCUCCGGCCGCGGCCGCGGGAGGCGGCGGGGCCGGGGCCGGCAGCGGGGCCGGGGCCGAGGAGCGUCUCCUGCGGGCGGCUGCGCUCGGCUCCUCGCCCAUGAGCCGCCGCCGGGGCGCAUGGAGAAGACGGCCGCCUGCGUGUGCUCGGUUCUUUUCUUCCAUCUUCCCCUCAUCUCUGGAAGCUCCAUCCGUAUUGGAAUAGGCAGCAAUUAUUCCAAUCUCUAUGAACAGAGCAUUCUGCCUUGUAAAAAAGAGGAGCUCCAGUGUGGUAACGGACUCUGCCUCCUGAACUGGCUGCGCUGUCACUACAAGAAAGAUUGUGGAAGAGACUACAUGUCCAUCAAACUAACAUGCUCAAAAGUUCACUCGAACCAGAGCAGCCCCGUCAGUGAGUUCCCCAGCUACAGUGGAAAUGGAAAUGACACCAGUUUGCUGGUUUCACCCCUGCUGGUGGCCGGAGUGGUGAUUGGACUCGUGCUGUUUCUAUCCUGCGUUACAAUCAUCGUGGGCAGCCUGCGAAAGGACGGACGGUUAAGACACCCUCAUAUGAGAAGAGAUGCUAAUUAUGCUCCAGAUGGCUUCUCCUAUGGCGGCUCAAUUGGAGAACUAAGAUCUACCUGCAUCGAGGAGUUCCCACCAGCAUUUGAUUUUGGUUCCUACAUGGACACUCUCUCUCAGGUCAAUGUCAUGUAUCCCGAUUCACCGCCAUGCUAUGACGAGUGUGUGGGACCAGGAGCAACACAAAUAUACAUUCCUACAGAUGAUCCACCACCUUACUCUCUGAGAGAUCCUUGUCGAAGGAACGACUUCUCUAUAAACAUUAGCUUGGAAGAGGAAGCAACUUCUGGGACUACAGGACAGGCUGCUAACUACCCAGUCAGACUGCCGGACUUGCAGCAGCCCAUCUCAUCCAUUUCUUUGUCAUCUCUCACCCUGGAGGCUGCCCCUCCCUACGAGACUGUCGUAUGUGAACAGAACGUCCCCAUCCCAUUGGUGCCAAUGGAUGUACUGAAAAAUUCUUCACCUGACUACCAGACCUUUCUCAACCAAAUCAUGUAAAUGAAAGUGGCUCUUCCCAUCAUACUUCAGGGGGAGUAUGACCAAUUGAGGUGGAAAAAGAGGUUUCAGUGGAAGAAUAAAAUCUGUAAAAGUUUUACCUAUUUUAUAUCUUAUGUGGGGAUGCAAUGGGAUUUUUUUAAAAAAUUUUUACAGCAAAUUUUGAAAGUUUCAGUAAACUUUCAUCUCUGAGCUUUCAGUUGUUCCCGACUUGUUACACAGAAACAACUGCAGCAUAAAAACAACAGCGACGUGCAGUGAAUCCUACCCUUUCACAGCAUCUGAGAACACAAUGAAGUCAGCCACUGUUACUGUAGAUACAUGUUAUCCAGUCGAGCCUAUGUGUUGAUUUUAUGGUACUUUGCAUGUUGUAGAGCAAAAGGAGAAAGAGCUUUGUGUUGUUGUUGUAGGCGUCAGUACAUUUCACCAAAUGUCUUAGUAAUAAGAUAUAAAAACUAGAACUUUAAAAGCAUUUUUCAAUUAAAUAUAUUUCAAAUAGACAUUGAACAGUGCCUGGAGAACGUGGUUGUUAGCACCAUACUGUGAACAGAAGGAAGGAAAGGGUAUUUUGCUGUCUAUAUGGUGGUCUCACCCAUGUUAUUUAUGCCUUUCCAAAGAGUGCCCUUUCCCCUUCAACAACAGUAAAAGCAGGCUUUCUAGAAAUAGCAGCAUAUCCCUGGAAAUACUAAGCAUCCUCCAUCUUUCUAGAAGCUCUGCCUGGGGUUGAUACCCAUGGGGUUGCUAUCACAGCAUGAUGACUAGAACUAACCGUGGCAUGAAGUAUUUUGAAAUCCUAAGGCUAGGGACAGAAUUUGCACACAGACUGGUUUUGGUGAUCAGAAACUGGUUUAAACCUAUAGCAGAACAGAAGUUCAGUGCACACAAACUGCUUUCAAAAUGGCCAAAACCAGUUUAAGAUAAACCUGGCUGAAGUAGUAUCAGACUUAACUGACUUGGGUCAACCCGGUUUAUGCAAUUCCUGUCCCAGACCCCUUCCUUGUUCAAGUUAACAUACAGUCCCCCAGCGUCCCAGGAUGCUUUGCAGCCCUGGGUUAUGUUGUCUGCUCCAGGGGAGCAGAGACUGCCUUGCCCGUCUGCUCCUUAGCCUGCUUCCUGCCUGAUUCUGUUGACCCAUAGUAACCGGAGGGCAGAUCCCCUAGCCAGGGUCUACACAGCACAUGGUGGGGAGGGAAAGCCCUGUGGUGGAGGCUUUUCAACCCUCGGUAGCCCUCCAACCUCCCCCUUCCCAGCUGCUGAUUGCUUCAGCAGCUGCUACAGGAGGGAUGGAGAAGUCCUCCCAGCCAGGUGCCUGCCCAUGCAACCCAGCAAGGGGGCACCAGGGAGCUCCUGCCUUGGGGGGCUUCCCCCAACCCCAGCCCAGGGUCCCCAGGCCUGGAGCAGCCCCAGGGAGCUGAGGGUAAUUCUUCUCCUCCUCAACUGCUUGCCUUAGCCCCUGAAAGUCUUGGGUAGCCCCAGGGAGCAGACGGAAAUUCUCCUGGUCUUCUGCUGCUUGUUUUGCGAGUCCGAGUCUACGGCAAAACUAGUUGCAGGGGAGUGGAAGAAUUUCCCUCUGCUCCCUGAGGGUGCCCUGAGCUACCCCUGAGACUCACAGCAGCUAAGGCAAGCAGCUCUGGGGUUUGGGAGGGGAAUAAUUCCCAUAGCACCCUGGGGCUGCCCCCAGCUUGGGGGCUGGGGUGGGGGGAAGGACCCUGAGGUGGGGGCUCCCCAGGGUACCUAUGCUGGGUUGCAUGGGCAGAUACCUGGCCUGGAGGACUCCUUUCCCCUCCAUCCUGGGGCAGGAGCUGAAGCAAUCAGCACCUGGGAAGGGGAAGGGGGUGAUGCCCUAGCUCCCCAGGGCUGCCUGGGCUGGGGGAAGCUCCAAGGGGAAGGAUCCCCCAAGGUGGGCCACCACUAGGACAGGAGCCUCGUUUUAACUCCCUGUGGGGGGGAAAGCAGGAGGUUGGGGAUGCUUGGCCAGGCUGGCAAUGGCCAGCAAGCUGGGAGACAUGCUCCAGUGCCCCCUGCAUACUGGCCUCAGUGAGUACAGGCCUCCCCUGCCUUUCCCAAUUGAAAACUGAAUAUCAGUUCAGUUCAUUACCGGUUCAACCUACACAGUGUAGAGGAAGCUGCCUAGAUUGAAUCGAUUCUGCCUCGGGCUUUCUGAUCGUCUGUACUUAGCCCAAAAGGUAUUUUCAUCCCAAUUCUCUUGGUGCAAAACCGUAUCUCCAGGAAUUAACUUGUCUCUUUCUCAGUUAUAAGCCAGUAGUGGGUUUAAAGGAUCAUAACCUUUUCCUCUAGUGACUGCCAAAGUGUGAAGUGUAUCAGGACUUGGCAUGCAUAAUGACAUUACAGAUCUUACAUACCUUGUGCAAAAUUAUUUUAUUCAGUUCUGAUCCUUUUCACUGCAAUGUAGCUCUCCAUAAAUCUAGCAUCUGCACUUAGUUCUUGUACCCCCAUCCGGAAAAUAUGGAUAUAUUCUACUAAUGACAGCACAGGAAAACUCUGUAAAUAUGAAGGUUCAAUUUAUUAUGGCUUGGUGGGUAUAUAAACUCUGCCUAGCUACAGAUCCAGAUCUUCAAAUGGUGUAAGUCAUUGCGGCUCCCUUGAAGCCAGUGUACCUGGCCCAUUUUCUUUAAAUCUCUUGCAAAUAAUUCCAUUCAAUUUUUGUAUUGGCAAAAAAGACUCUCAGCUGAAUAUCCUGUUGGAAGGACAAAUAAGUACUAAUUAAAACCAGUAGUACAUUAAAAUGACGGAAAAUAUCAUCCAAAGCAUGAGAAUCCCAGUUAAACUUCCUGGACAUGAUGUACAAUUUUCAAUUAGAAUCAGCAUACAACAUUCCAAAAACUGAUACAGUUUUAAUUAAUAUGAAAGGAAGACAGUAAUUUCAUAGCUAUUUCUGCUCUGUAAAUUAUAGCAUUACUGACUGAAUCAUGUGUAUGAAGUGUCGGGUUUUUAGCUAGAGCCUCAUAGAGGCAUGCCAUUAGAUAAAUAAGGCUAGUAUAUAGUUUGCCCACUGAUAUAGAGAACUCAUUUGUGGUUCAACAGGAUUUUUUGGCCUUCACAAUAUGUCACACCCAAAAAGAGAUGUAAAUUAACAAUCCUAGCUGAAACUGCUAAUGGGCACUGGCACUUUGCAAAAACAAACAAACAACAAACCCUAAAUUAAAACAUAAGGUACUUUUAUUUAUAAAGUAAGUAUGAAAAUAGGUUUCUUUUUCGGAUAUAAAUAUUUCCCAACAGGCCAAUAAAAUCCACCAUGCUAUUGUAUUGGGAACAGAGAGAGAAACUUAUAGAACCAAGUAAAAACCAAAGUGAAAUGAACUAGUUUAUGGAUCUAAUGCUAACAAAAAAAACCCUGCAAACUGCAUGAACUAGAGCGGGGUGGGCAAAAUGCAGCCCAGGGGCUGGAUGCAGCCCACCAGGUCAUUCUAUCUGGCCUGAGGGUCCCCUAAAAAAUUUAGAAAAUUAAUAUUUAUCUGCCCCUGGCUGCCUGUCAUGCAGCCCUCGAAGGCUUGCCAAAACUCAGUCUGCAGCCCUCUGCCCAAAAUAAUUGCCCGCCCCUGAACUAGGGUCUUCCACCUUUAUUUAUACUGGGCUUGUCUACAUGUUUAUUAAUGUGCCGAAAUUACAGCACAUUAAGUUUAGUGCCUGUAACAACAGGUAUGAACUUCAUACAUCAUAAAUUGGCACUACCGUGCAAUAGCGCCAGCGCACACUUCUCUGUGACGCUAAUGCCCAAAAGACUAAUUCUAUGGCACAUGAGCACGGUUUUUGCCUGCUGCACAAAUGAGCAACAGAAUUAGCCUACUGUGCAUUUAGAGUCUCAUGUAGACGCCCCCACUGACUACGAGCUUGCUUGCCAAGUAGGCCUGCUGGCAGUAGGACUAAUGGCAAAAGGAGAUUCUACCUAAGGUACUGCUAGAAUCAGACCCAGUGAAUGAACCCACUUACCCCAGAUGAAGGUGGCAAAAACUGACCCAUUGGUAACAGAACUUAAAAUAUAGUUCUAAAAAAAAUUAUUUCCAUGUUUUAGCUGUGAAAUGGUGUUCCUGCAGCAUGCUUUUUCCCUAGCUAGCCGAAGCCAAGGACAUUUCGCACAUGAUAGGUAACACACAGCUAAUAGUUUUUAAAGUAUAUGAUUUUUAACCUGCCAGUGUCGCUUUCAUGCAUUUCAUUUCCCUCCAUUCAUUUUCCAUUUGUAGAAAAGGGCUAAGAUUUUUCAGCAAUCUCAUUUUAAGCGGGUUACUAGUAAAAAUGGCAGAGCUGUAUUUUGACUGGUAAUAGAAAUGUCCCCAGUGCUCAAACUAUAGAAAUCUCUUGUCAACCACUAGAGUUAAAAUAUCCUUGGUGUGCUAAUCUGGAUUACAGAUAGCAGAUUGUCUACAAAUAGCUGUCUGCUCCCCCUUGUGGCGUAUUGUUUUAUAAAAUAAAUUCCUCUAUUCCUCAGACUAUGUAGACUUCACUCCGAGAGCCUAAUCUCUCAAAAAUAUGUCCAGCUUCUUUGCCAGUGAGGGAUACGGAAGCCAACAAGAACAUCAGUGUCUGUGUUCAUAUGGAGCACAGAAGCACAGCGCAUACUUCGCCUGAUUUGGGCCUUAUUGGGCGCUGUUUCUCAUUUACUGUAGUAUUUCUGUAAGUAACAUAGCACAGUGUGCAUGGUAGGUCAUCUUGCCAUACAGUUACUUUAAAGAAAUAUUUGUUGUGACAAAAAAAUUGCUUCGGUUAAUAAUUGUUUAAACUUGGCUACUUUAAAAAAUUGCCUCCAAAUUAGAAGUAUGAAUGUGUAAUAAAUGUUCUAAAUAACUUUGCAAUAGUAUCCCAGCAAAAUGAUUUGCAGGAGUGAUUUUUGGUAACUUGUGCAUCUUCUUAUUGACAUAACAUAUGAAAGCUAAACAUUACUAGUGUUAGAGUAUAUGGUAAAUCCAGAUGGAAACAACUCAAAUGCUAUUUUGGCCAGAAAAGUCUGUAAACAGAAGUUUGAAUGCAACUGUAGCAUUUCUGCAAUAGAUUCUACUGCCAUUACCAGCGUAAUGCGCUUACUGUAAUUUUUUUUACAUGAUAACUUUACAUGAUACAAAUUUUUUUCUCGUUUCUUUCAAUAAAGGUGUAACCUAACUCUUACUAAAGUAAAA